CGCGCCCCUCUCCCCUCAGUCGAUUCCAGCCGUUGCCGGGGCGGCUUCCUGCCUUGCCUUGCCUGACUUCGCCUCGCCUGCCUGACUUCCCCUCGCUUCGCGUAGCCCCGCCGCGGGCGCGGUUUUGGAGGCAGCGGGGACGGACGCGCGCUCUCUCUCUCUCUCUCGCCCCUUCCCCUUCAUCCGCACGCCCAGGCACACUCCCCGCUUCCGCCGCCAUGAACCCCAGCUGCGCCCGCUGCGGCAAGAUCGUUUACCCGACCGAGAAGGUGAACUGCCUCGACAAGUACUGGCAUAAAGCAUGUUUCCACUGCGAGGUCUGCAAGAUGACUCUCAACAUGAAAAACUACAAGGGCUAUGAGAAGAAGCCAUACUGCAAUGCACACUACCCGAAGCAGUCCUUCACCAUGGUGGCAGACACUCCAGAGAACCUGCGCCUUAAGCAGCAGAGCGAACUUCAGAGUCAAGUCCGCUACAAGGAGGAAUUUGAAAAAAAUAAAGGCAAGGGCUUCAGUGUAGUGGCUGACACCCCUGAACUACAGCGGAUCAAGAAGACUCAGGAUCAGAUCAGCAAUAUAAAGUACCAUGAAGAGUUUGAGAAGAGCAGAAUGGGCACAUCUGGCGGGGAAGGAGGGGAACUGGAACGCCGCAAUUCCCAGGAGGGCGCCAACUACAGGAGGACAGUGGAGCAGCAACCACCACCGCACCAGCAACCUCACCAUGUCCAGCCAAGUACCCCUGUUUACCACCACCAGCCACCGCAACAGCCAGCCCCUCAGUCCUACUACAAGGAACCCGCAGCACCUGUCUCAAUACAGCGUAAUGCCCCAUCUGGAGGAGGGAAACGGUUCCGUGCAGUCUAUGAUUACAACGCAGCUGAUGAAGAUGAGGUCUCCUUUCAAGAUGGUGACACCAUCAUCAAUGUGCAGCAGAUUGAUGACGGCUGGAUGUAUGGCACCGUUGAGCGGACCGGCGACACGGGCAUGCUUCCAGCCAACUAUGUGGAGGCUAUAUGAGCUCCGCUCCGGUGCCACCCUGAAAGCAAGCAAGCAGGGGGAGGGCUCUCGUGUGCUUCUUGUUCCAUUAUCCCUUCUCUGCUGUCUCUCGUCACACAUCAAUUAUUUUGUUAUGAACCUCUGACAUGGCCAUCUUUAGUCUUCUGCCAAAAUAGCCUUGUUUUGGAGGCAUUUGAACUCGGGGCGGGUAUCUUUUUUGUUUUUUACUCUCAUAUGAGACUUUUCUCAAAGACCAGCUGUCCUUCCAUCCUCUCUCUCAGCUUUCAUGGAACAUGGCACUGUGCCCUUCUCCCCCCUCAGGGCUCUGCCAUUUUGGUGACUGAUUGGGAUCCUGAAUGAAGCGAGCCCAACUUAACCAAACUGCUACAUGGGACCAGGAAAAAGUGUAGGGAGGGGCAGGGGCAGAAACCAUUGCCAUGCUUGCUUUUGGGGAGUGUGGAGCUUUGAGUAAUUUGGGAGAGUCUCUUAUCCAUUUCCAUUCAAAAAUUUAUCCAAGGCCUCUGUUUGCAUGUUGAUCCUUGCUCACUUAUAUUCUGUUAAGCCUUCCUUUCUAUAAACUUUAAAUAUCAGUUUGAAAGAAAUCAAAUCAUUUGUUAAAAGCAGGAGAGCCUUUGGUGGAAUCGAAAGAACCAGCGUAUGUGUAAUGUCUACAAGGGAGAUAAAAGCCAAAGUAGUUGCUGGUGUACAGGUACAGAAGAAGGGGUUUAGGAGGAAUAAUGAUACUUCUAGUCAGGGUGCCCAAGAAUUGGCUCUUGGAUGCCCUGGCUCAAUAAGAGUGGGCAUCUACUUAGGCUUGAUGUGAGGCAUGAAGAGAACAUGCAUCCUGUAUUCUUGGGGAUAAGCAGCUGGGCCUAAGCUGCUGUCCAAGAUUUUGCAGCUAAGGAAUAUUAGUCUGCAUGGCUCAAUUUUGGUGCUACCUCCUGGCUUGAGAGAGUGAGAGGAGGAACAGCAUAUUCCAAAUGCUUCUGGCUAUUCCUGCUGCCCUCCCCACCCCCAAAAAAGUAGCUUCAGAGCAAGCCUCUGAACCAGCCUAUGCAAGACCCCCUUAGCUAAUGCCUGCAAAUAGCUCCUUGUUCAAAAUCUCUGGUGUCAGUGUCGUUGCCCCAUCCCUUUCUUUUUGUUAGCGCCCGUGUGCAAAUAACUAGGCACUUCCCUGAAUAACCUUAAGUAUAGCAGCCCUAGGUAAGAAGAAUCACACUUGCUGUGGAGGUGCUAUCUUUGGGACCAGUUCUUCUUUUUCAUUGGGAGCUUUCAUAGGGCUCCACUGAAGGCGGAUCCUUGUCUAGAGCUUUUUCUCCUGAACCCAAGUCUCUGUCGGUCAAAAGGCAGACUAGUUGACAGCUUCAUCUCCCUAUCUUGUACCUUUUGAGCCAAGCAAUGUUUACAAUCUUUUCUCCAACCCACUGCCCCCCAACCAGCCUGGCAGUUGGGUGAAGGGGUCAGGGGAACACAUUCCUUGCACUAGAAACAUACCUCUUCCCCUUUCUCUGGUAUCAAGCUGGCAGUUGCUGGCUUGGGAUAGUAUCAUGGACCAAAAGCAAAUUCAGUGAAGUAUUUUGCUGUCAAAAUAGCAGGGAAUUAUUAUAUAACUGGAAAUUUAUGACGCUGGGGUGGUGUAAUGGAAGAAUAAAGGCAGGGCAGAUUCCUCUGAAGCAGGAGUGAGAUUCUUAAGUCACUAUUCAUUUGCUGUAUAUUGAUUGCUUCUUCUCCCACUACUUUUAAAGAUCUGCAUUGAAGCCCCAGAGUCACUUCUGUGUUGGCAAAAAAGGGCAAGUCCUGUUGGAGCAACAUGCAACCAGUUUCUCUGCACCGCAGCAAAACAAAACCUUAAAAAUGGAUCAGAUUGCUGAUGUCUGUUACUUGUUUAGAUGUGAUGUGACUGCAGAUAUUUCCAAAUGGAAGUGAUCUCUGGGAAUUAUCUGCUGUCUUUAAAUGUAACAUGAGAAGUAGCUCUAAGCCACUUUAGUAGUUGUCUCUGUCCUAAUUAGGACAACUGAAACAGUUGGUGAAUGGACCUCUGGGGGUAGACUUUUAAAACCUUUUUUUAAAAAUGCCCUUCAAAGGCACUUCAUGGAGAGGUACUUUGGUCCACUGAAUUCCUUUCUGUUUUUGUUGUUACUUCAAUACCUGGAAUAAAUAAGGACCAAGGGUUUAAAAACACACACACCUUCUACAUUAUGCCAGCACUGCUUGCAUGUAUCCACACCUGAUCUCCCCUUUUCCCCUUCUGUACAGCUUAUCGGGGGCUAGCUUUCUCCCCGCAUUAUUUCCACUGUUCUGUGUAUUUUUGAGGUGCAGAGAAAGAAUAAACCUAGAUAAGAUUAAUAAGCACCCACUUAGUCUCUUUACAAGAGGUGCAAAAUAGGCUUACGUUAAGCAAGGGUUAAGGAGACCUUUCUCCCUCAAUGUUUAGAUCCCUCAAGUUGAAAACAAAGGGAUACUUCAUUUUGUCACUCCUGUAGUAAGUCUUGCAUUUCUUUGUAUCUGGUUGAGUGCAGUAUGCUAGCGUCUUCUGGCUUAAUCUCACAGGAGUUUUAGACUUCCCUUGUUGGGUCCCUGCCUCAGUUUAAAAUUAUGAAGUUCCUGCACAGCCCUCAAAUCAGUGGCAGAAACAGUGACCAAAUCAUCUACUAAGGUAGUAGAAGCACAUACAUUUUAGAAUCUUUUUCAUAAAGUCCUAGUUUCUACCUUUUCUUUGGACACUUGCACUAGUGAAAAAGGUGUUAAAAGAGAGGAGUGUUUCAGAUUCCUCUUUGCCAUAUCUGUACCCUAGAGAAAUCCAUGUGUAGAAAUAGAAAGGUCACUGAGAAUGGUGGCAGCUUUUUCUUUAACAAGAUCAUUUUUAGAGGGAUGCUAUAGGUGUCUAGGGACCACCUAACCUUGGGGUGAACUUUCAGAUGGUGCCAACAAGAGUGACUGACGGGUGAGGAGAGGUCACAAUCUUCUUGGUGCUAAGGCAGAAGCACAAGCUUAAUCAUGGCUGUUUUUCUAACUGAUGAGAAUGAGGCAAAAUCAUGUCUAGACAAUCCUUGAGAGGACAACUUUUUAUGCGGAAGAUACAAAAUAACAUAAUGUGAAUAAAUAUUUUUAGAGGACCAAAUAAAAUGCUCAUUUUUAAAAAUCUGUCCUAGCUUUUUCACCCCUGCCCUGGGAGAAACGGUUUCUCACUGCUUGAUUUUUUUUUCUGCCUUCUUUAACUUAUGCACUUUUGCCUUUGAUUUUUUUCCAAUAGCUGAAAAGCACCUAAACCUGUAUUUAAAUAAAUAAAAUGUAAAAAAAGAAAAACAGCUAAAUUGCAUCUGUGUAGCCAUUUUAUUCAUGUCAAAUCUCCUGUACAUCUUAGCUUUUCAGGCUAGAUUUCAGUGUCUGAUAUUAGAAUGAUUUGGGGGUUUGGAGUAUAUUUUGGGGUUUUCAUUUGUUGUCUUUGUGUAUUUCUUCUUUAUGGGCUUUGCACGCCCUCUCCAAAAGUCAUUUGGCCUUUUUCAAUGGCACCAUAGAAUCAAAUGUAACACCAGGACUCUUCUGGUUUACACCAAUUUGAAAAUAAAAGUAUAAUUUUUA